GGUGGUGAAGGAGGCUAUCGACCUCGUGGACCGCGCAGAAGUGGUGGAAGAGGUGGCUGGCAAGGUCAUCAUGGGGGCUAUGGCGGAGGAGGAUAUCAACGUCCUCGUGAUGUAUACGAUGCAGAGGAAGAUUACAAGAGAAGAGUACGAGACUCACUCUUUCGUUUGGGAGAUGUUCGUGAAGGCUCCAACGAAGAGUUCCAUCCACCUAGCGAGCUUUUUCGCAUGAAAGAGUUUCUCGAUCAAUCCAUCGUUAGAGGAGGUCAAUACUACGAUACCGUAAUACAUUCAUUCAAGGUCAUGUCCACUGAACAACCACACAAAACACCAUUAACAGCAGCACUCUUGGGAUUCUUGUUUCUACAGCCUACAGCAGUAGACGAUAAUGCAAGUGGCUGGGAUGCGAAGCCUGAAGAGCGAGAAAGUGUGCCUGCAAGCAAUGGGGGCGCAAAAGUUGUGAAAGACUUGAUCGCUGCUUUCCGUAAUGAUUUGGAUGCUCGUUUAUGGCGUAAUGCGCGCUUGUAUCUACACUUGUUUGCGUCUCUUAUCCCACUUGGAAUCAUUCAAGCUGCAUCUGUUCGUCGCAUGCUGACAUCCUUUGCUGCGGUCCUAGAUGAGCCUGGUGUAACCGCAGCUCGCGGAGACAGAGCAGCAAUAUGCAUCAUCGAGACCAUGUGCAGAGCAGGAAGAGAUCUUUGCAAAGACGGAGAAGAUGGUGAUCAGCGAUUCGCAUUACAAGAAUUAGAUGAUCUUGUUGAAAGGGUUGAACGAUACGCAAAAGAGUACAGGAACGUCGAAGUAGAUCUCGUAAGACCGUUCGCGAUCCUAUCGGAAUCUGAAAAAGGAGAGGAGGAAGAUUGGAUGCAUGAAGAGACAUUUGAUACAGCAGUCAUUGCCCUUCAAAAACUACGUGCACGAGACUAUAGCAAGUCAGCCUUUUUGCCUUCACCUUUGGAUCUUCUCCCACCUCCUAUCGUGGCCAGUGUCGCGAUUCCACAUCCGGAAACGAUUGCACUCCCUGAUUUGCUCGUACCGCCUGAUGAUGAAUAUGCCGACGGUCCAUCCACGUCAACACACAAUCUGAGCAGCUCUCAAGGAAAUGGUCAAGACAGAAAUCGUCAACGUCGCACAGGCAAGAGCAGCAAUACUGACGAACAAGCAACUUACAGAGCUGGAGCAGGGGUUGAACGUGUGUACAGAUAUCCAAGAUGGUUCAAAGAUACUGUACCUGCACCUUCAACACCCGAAGCUGUCACGCUUCGCUCGACUAUUCAAGAUAUCAUUGACCUAUACCAAGUCAAUCGCAAAGAAUGUGCAAAGAUCUUGUUCGAUUUGCCUAGAUGGUUGCGCAAGGGAACAUUUGCUGGAAAGGGUGUAUCGCCAUUGGUGGGCAUCUUUGGCGAGGCUGAAGAUUCAUGGCAAUUAAGUGCCGAUGAUACACUGCAGGGCAGUUGGUCGCUUGAUGAGCUAAUAGUGGAAAGUAUUCUGUCAAACAGCUUGGUCUUACCUGUGCCCCCACAGAAGCCUCUAUAUUAUACAACAUUAUUGCGAGAAGUUGUAACGAUCAAUCCUCAAAGUAUUGCACCGGCUAUGGGCAAGAGCGUACGCAGAGUUUACGGUCUGCUAGGUACGGGUAGAGCGGAUACAGAGGCGAUCAGACGAUUUGCCGAUUGGUUCAGCGUUCAUUUGAGUAAUUUCAACUUUAGCUGGAAUUGGAAGGAAUGGAUUCCAGAUAUGGGGAAGGCACAUGCACAUCCAAAGCUGGCAUUCGCUAGACGCAUCGUUGAACUUGAAAUCCGACUGGCCUACUUUGAAAGAAUCAAGCAGAGUUUGCCGGCUGAAGUACAGGCACAUUUGCUACCACCCGCCGAACCUUCUCCGACAUUCACAUAUGCUGCUGAAGACCAUCCUUUCCAUGAACGCGCUGCCGGAUUAAUUCAAUCCAUGCGAGCCCGGGCAACGGCUGAGGUAAUCUUGGCUGAACUGCAAAGUUUCCGCAAAGAAAUUGCUCCAGAAUCAUCAUCUUCCUUCGUACCGAGCAGCAAUGAAACAGCAGGAUUCAAGGUCAAGAAUGAAGCAGAAGCCGAGCUUGCCAUUCGAGAUGUUGUGAUGCAAUCAUUGUUGAGCAUCGGUAGCCGAAGUUUCUCUCAUUUCUUAAACGUUGUUGAACGUUAUCAUGCCCUCUUGCGUCAAUUGUCUACUUCGCCUUCUAUGCGAUUGGCUAUCCUUUCCAGUACAGUACGGUUCUGGCACAGCUCAUCGCAAUGGAUUUUGAUCAUUGUUGACAAAUGGCUGCAAUAUCGUAUCAUCGAGCCGACAGAUGUCGUGGACUUUGUCUUUUCGCCUCCUACAGAUCAACCGGAAAUCACUACUGGGACAGAAGAUGUGGCUCAAAUGCGAGAUUGGAGUAGCUUCUUGUGGUGGGAAUUGAUCAAGUUGACCGUUCAUAAGGUACACGGACGUGUUGAUCAAGUGAAAAAGCGAUUAGAAACUCUAAAGAGAGAAGAAAUUGAUCGUUUAGAACGUGAAGAAGCAGUUAAAGAAGCAGGAAAUGGAAUGGAAGAUAUCAGAAAUGAAAAAGAUGGAGAACCCAAAGCGGCUUUAUUCCCUAGCGGUGCUACGGUGAGCACUUUGCCCAGACGGCCAGACCUUCCACCUGUUCCUAGUGCAGCAGCUGGAGAUGAUAAUGCCUUGGACGCAUCUGCUACUGGCCCAAAUGCUGAGAAGAAACAAACGGUCGAAGAAGUAGAGACGGCUUAUCAAAAUAUCUCACAAGAACAAAGAAAGGUUCUUAUUCGUACUUUGACUGGAUUUGUUGAUCGACUCAAGGGUGCGCCUGCCACCAUUUGGCAAAGGAAAGAGCAGGAAGGCAAUGAUGAACAAACUUGGCAAGAUUGGUGGGUCAAAGGAUGGUACGUAGAGUAUUGCCGAUUGUUCAACAAAGAUUUGAUGGCAAAUCAUGAAACAAUUAUUGGAAAUGUCUUU